AUGAAUUUAAAUACUCUCAUUUAUUUAAUUACCAAACUUAUCUUUGUUAGCAUAAGCAGUAAUAUAUUAUGCGAUGAAAUAAUUGAAACUUAAAUCUUAACUUGUAACUAAAAGAUUGAAUAUUUAUCUUCUCUUAGAGAUUCUAAACUGAAGAACAACUUAGUUUACUUAUGCAAGAGGCUAAAAUUGACAACAAAGGCUUGUUCAAUCAUGUUGAAUAUGAUCAUAAAAUUAGUCAAAAUACCAUUUUAUCAAUUGUAUCAAAAUAUGUUAGUUGAGAAGUUGUUUCAAUCAAAUAAAACAAUUUAUUAAGACAAUACUCGAAAAUUACUUAAACUUUGUUAGUUGUGA